GUUAAAGUUGUUAAAGUAACAUCAGCUCCACAAUAAAAAUGGCGACUAAACCUGGAAUUCUCACCAACUGGCCAUGGAAGCCCCUCGGAAACUUCAAGUAUGUGAUUUUGGUACAAUCGGUUCUUCACAACAUCUACUCCUUUGCAACCAAAGGAAAAAAUGAGAGUGACAAUUCAACUUCCUGAUAUUCCCCUUUCUUCUCUUAAGAUUUCUUCAUAACCAAAUUUGGAUUUCCCUUUCCCGUUAUGUCACAGCUAUGGGAAAAGUAAUAAGAUUAACCGAACCAAACCAGUGAAAUUAGAAAAGAAAUAAGAUUAAACCAG